AUGGGUCACGAAUCUUACCGGCAUUUCAAUGUGGGCUUUGAAUGCGGCAACAAAGUGCUGGACACACUUAUGGCGGAGUUUACAACGGCAGCAAGAUCGGCCAUGGAGACUGGAAUAGCCACCAACCACGGUACUUUCUUCUUAUGCUUUGUUUGUCUUGAAGGUGACCUCCCUGCUCAGGCAAAGAUGUAUCAUUGCAAGCGGACUUUUUUGUCGGUCCCGCACCCCAUGUGUCCAUGGUGCGGGGCUGACGGGGAUACGAUCCCAUUUACUGAUGUUCGUGCUGGAGCCUCCUGGAAGGCCACGGUGGGUCAGGACGUCCCAUGGACCAACAAGCCGCCAUUGGCUGAUUUGACUACGAACGGCGAGGCGACCUUCCUGGCGAAAGACCUUUUUCAUAUCGUCAAUUUGGGAAUUGGUCGCACGUUCUUGUGUUCCGCCAUUUGCUUCUUGAUAUACCUGGGUCAUUUCAUUCCGUCAAACCCUGAUAUCGGGCGAAGCAUUCCUGUGCGCAUCAAUGAAGCUUAUGCAGACUUCAAGCACUUUGUCAAACACAUCAUGAACACCACGCCCCAUGUUAAGCACUGGUCUCGUGAAAAUCUCGGCUGGAAGGGCCCGCGAGAUAUGCCUCAAGUUACCUUUAAAGCGUCGGACACGUAUUUGAUACUGUCGUGGCUUGUGGACUAUCUGGGGCGGCCUUUUCAAGCAAACAACUACAUCAACAACAUGCUUGCUUGUGCACAUGGCCUCGAUGAUUUUCUGCGGAGAUGUGCUAAGGCCGACCGAGUCUUUAUGACUCAAACUGAGGCACGAGGUGCGGUCAAAUCCCUGGACGAGUUUCUGAUCCACUAUGUUCGGCUCGCAAGUGAUGCCAACCAGGAGGGACUUGUAUUUUUCAAUCUCACUCCUAAGCUGCAUUAUUUGGAUCACAUCCGUUUGGAGAUGAAGGGGCAGCUGGCAAACCAACGUAUCUUGAAUCCGAUGGCAUUCUCAACCGCUAUGGCCGAGGAUUAUGUUGGCAGGGCCUCUGUUAUUUCGCGCACGCCGCACCAGCUGGCCAUGCCGCUGCGCACGGCACAGAAGUGGCUGAUUGAAACCAGACUUCGGUGGCGGGGUCAGCGAUAA